CAGCAGGAGCGGGCGGCAGGGAGAAGGAGAGUGUGGCGCUGCAGCAGCUGAAUGCGCAUGCGCUGCGGUCCGGAAAGCAGUGGUCGCUGGAUGCGCGAGUGGAGCUGCCAAGGAGGCUGCAGCGGCCCCCCAUGCGCUACGACCCGGAGGCCAUCAUCCUGAGUUGCGGCCUGGAGGCGACCGCGCUGCUGUCCUUCCUGCACGAGAACUACCUGGGCUUCGUGGAUGGGGAGGCAGCGGACGCGGUGGACGAUGUGGCGACAGUAGCGGAAUACCUGAGCGACAGCGCCGUGCUCUGCGGCCAGUCGCGUGCCGUCACCGCCGCCACCUCCUACGGCGGCACCAGCCUCUGGCUCGAGGACUCCCCAGCCGCGGCCAACCUUGCCGCCGCGGUCGCAUCCUCAGUCGCCGCGCGAGGCCUCAUGUAUGGCAACACCCACCCCGCGCCGCACCGCUUCAACCCCAUCCGGGCCCCCGCCAG